AUGGCAAGAAAAUUUCUAACAGUUCUAGAGGCUCUUGAAUAUAUGAAUCCUUUUUCCAUUGAAGAAAUCGAUGAGUCUGAAAUAAUAAUUAUUAUCCCUGAAUCUGAUUACGUUAGGGAUGAAAAACAGAUAGGUGCAAUGGGAUAUAUGGUAUACAUGGAUGAGAACGGAGAUGCAGAAGGAAAUUACACUCUGAUUGCCAGAAAGCCAUUUCCUGGAAUUCAAGGAGAAUAUGGACUGUAUCCUGUGGGAGUGUUCCAGCUGCACGAAAACCGCUCAGCCAUGCCUGUUCUCCAAGUUCUGACAGACAUUGAUUGGGUUGGAAGAAGUCCACCAAGUGAUGAACCGCCUUGCGGCUUUCAUGGAGAGAAAUGUGUCAUGUGGAAAUUGGCAAUCGGUGUGACGGGAGGCCUAGUCUUAGUGCUACUUGUAGGGAUUUUAGUGGCAUAUAAGAACUGGGCAUAUGAACAAGAACUGGAUAGCCUUAUAUGGAAAAUAGAUUACAAAGAUAUAGAAAUAAAUGAAUAUACUCCGACUGCGACUCUUGGAAGAAUUUCAAGGGGUCUUCAUCCCUUUAUACGUUCGAGUCAAGUAUCUCUUAGUUCAAAUGCAGAAGCCGAUUUUCGUUAUACUAGCAUCUUCACGACAGUUGGUAUCUACAAAGGACGUAUGUUUGCUAUCAAAAGACUUCGUAAAAAGAGUAUUGACAUCACCCGAAAAAUGAAAAAAGAAUUAAAAACAAUGCGUGAUUUACGUCACGAUAAUUUAAAUCCUUUCAUUGGGGCUUGCAUUGACCCUCCCAACAUCUGUAUUGUGACGGAAUACUGUUCCAGGGGAAGUCUCAAGGAUAUUCUGGAGAACGAAGACGUGAAGUUAGACAAUAUGUUUAAUGCGUCGCUGAUUGGAGAUAUAGUCAGG